UCCUCGGGGAUAGAGGGUUGAGUUUUGUAUGCUUCCAUCCCAUUCUGCAAGACGCUAAAGGCCUCUCAUCAACCUCUCCUGUGUCCAGGAACACCUCCAUAGUAAUCAUUUCGUUUAUUUUGUCUUCUGGAGCUGGAGCGCAUUGCCAGAAGUGGUCGAUUCACUGAAGCUUUUUUUGUUGUUGUAAAUGCUUGUUGUAUGAUGACUCCAGCUUGAGGAGCCAUCACCAAAAACCAAAAAGUUUUCUUCAAACGCAUUUCGAAUAAAAACUAGAAUAAAACAGAAGCAACUACAACCAUAUCCUGCUAUUUGAAGGACUUCUUCAACGACUAGGAUCACGUUCCAACCAGCUACCGAGAUAGACUACAGUAACCCACUCUGUGAAUUGUUCAUGUCGUGCCAACACAGGACGGGCUCAAGGAGACAGGACUUGUGAACUCAACUGGGACUUUUAUUUCGUUCUACACGUUUUAACUACAACAAACUUAUUUUACUGUUAUUUGUCAACCACCAAGAAGGAAAGAUUGCUCUUCAACAACUACCUUCCUAUUAUUCUCAUUUGGCUGGAGCGGGUUUGUACGAAACUGUUUUAAUGUUUGGAAUUCAGGAAAAUAUAGGCUUACCUAGAGGAGGGACGACAAUGAAAGAGGAACCGCUGGGCAGCGGGAUGAACUCGGUCCGCUCGUGGAUGCACACAUCUGGGGUAGUGGAUGCGAACACAGCCGCCCAAAGCGGUGUGGGUUUGGCUCGGGCACACUACGAGAAGCAACCACCGUCCAACCUCAGAAAAUCCAACUUUUUCCACUUCGUUCUUGCGCUGUAUGACAGACAAGGACAGCCGGUGGAGAUCGAACGGACAGCUUAUGUGGACUUUGUGGAGAAGGACAAAGAACCAAACAGUGAAAAAACGAACAAUGGGAUACACUACAAACUACAGUUACUGUACAGCAACGGUGUCAGAACAGAACAGGAUCUUUUCGUACGAUUAAUCGAUUCCAUGACAAAACAGGCCAUUAUCUAUGAAGGUCAAGACAAAAACCCAGAGAUGUGCCGAGUGCUUCUCACACACGAAAUCAUGUGCAGUCGGUGUUGCGAUAAGAAGAGUUGUGGCAACAGGAACGAGACUCCCUCAGACCCCGUUAUCAUCGACAGGUGGGUUGACUUGGAAACCCGGAGGUCUCUGUGGGGGUUUGGGUAA